AGCCCUGGCAACCUGCAUCAGACGGGCAAUGUAAAGAGAGCGUACUCCUUCUUGCAUUUCCCCUCCGAGAUCCGCAACAUGAUCUACUCCUACCUCACACAGUACCCUCCCUGCAUAGAUCUCUACAGGUCAUUCUACCGUACUGUCUCGUACGAACCCGGCUGCCUCAGGUGCAGGCCCCGCCAGCAGACCCUCUACACGCCGACCAUCCUCCUCCUGUGCAAGUACAUCACUGCCGAAUGUCUCCCCAUGCUCCAGGCGCAGCCGCUGGUCAUCGACCGCCUACCCCCGUUCGAGGGCGCCGACACUAUGCCUGACAGGUACCACCGCGGCUUUCUGACCAUAUCGGACUUUGUGGGCCGACGCACGAUCCAGAAUCUCCGUCACAUCGACAUCCGCAUCGGCCUGGGCGAAGGGCCCCUCGAGAGCGGCUGGGCCUGGAUGAACAUCGUGGACGAGAUGAUCCAGCUUCUCGAGCAACGCAACGCGUUUAUCAGCAUGCGGCUACUGAUCAGGCUG